CGGCAAGUGGCAGCGUCUGGGAGCCUUGCGCUCAUUUGCCACGAUGGGUUCAGUUCCAAGGGCGAAGAAGCUGGAGAGCUGGGAGCUGUACAAGUCAAUCGGCCAACCACGCCAUGUCGUCGCUCCCAUGGUCGAUCAGAGCGAGCUGGCCUGGAGGAUCAUAUCACGUCUGCACGGCGCAGAUUUAUGCUACACGCCGAUGUUCCACGCUGGACUCUUUGCAGGCCAACACUCUGCAAAGUACCAACAAGAGUACUUUGGAAUAGCAGAAGGAGAAGAGGGAUCAGCCAUCAUUGAUCGACCGCUCAUCGCUCAGUUCUGUGCACACGAUCCCGAGGUACUCCUCAAGGCGGCAUCCAUUCUUGCAGACAAGGGACUCGUCGAUGCUGUUGAUCUCAACCUCGGCUGUCCUCAGGGCAUUGCCAAACGAGGCCGCUACGGUGCUUUUCUCAUGGAAGAACCAGAACUGAUAGAGUCCCUCAUCUCUGCUCUGCACAAGCGGCUCAGCGUACCCGUCACUGCUAAAUUCAGAUGUUUCGAUACGACAGAACGCACAGUCGAAUAUGCUCGAAUGCUCGAGCGUGCAGGUGCACAGAUCCUCACGCUACACGGGAGAACACGAGAGCAAAAGGGCCAGCUGACUGGGUUGGCGGAUUGGAGAAAGAUCGAAGCGGUAAAGCGAGCCGUCAAGGUGCCAGUGUUUGCAAAUGGCAACAUCCUCACGUCUGCCGAUGUUACGCGAUGUAUCGCACAAACGGGCGUGCAAGGCGUCAUGAGCGCAGAGGGCAAUCUCUACAACCCCUUCUUGUUCUUGCCCAACUCGUCUCGCUCGGAUGCUUACUUGAAGAGCUUGCCGGACUAUCUCUCUCAACCUCUUGCUGCUCUCGAGACAGACACAGACCGACAAGCAUAUACAACAGCGACGCAUGCUUCAGUACUUCACAUGGCUCGACAGUAUCUGACGAUUGUCAUGCAUCUCAAGACACAGACCGGCACAUCAGCUGUCAAAUCUCAUCUGUUCAGGAUGUGGCAACAUUUCCUCAACGAGGAUGACUUCGUUCCUCUCAGGAACGAGCUCGGCGACGGCACCAAGCGUGCCACAUUAGAUCGACAAGGGAAGCUAAAAGCAUUACUCGAGCUUGUCGACGAAGUAGAACAGACCUUUGCACGACGUGGCGUGACAGGCAUUGCGCCCUAUGUCACUUUGCAAGAAGGAGAGAAACCGCCAGUAUGGUACUGCCACUCCCGCUUGCGCCCCUUGAUCGCUCAAGAUCCGAUCCGAGACUCUGCCGAGCCAGAUGCCAAGCGGACCAAGCUACACACAACGCUUCUGUCCGAAGCGAAGCCUUGUGUCGGCCCUUCUUGCCGUGCGAUGGCCGCUGCAAGAUGCUCCAAAGGCACUUGCGCGGCUUGCUGUUCCAGAGUGCCCAAAGAAGGCGCUACAUCGGAUGAAGAAGCAUAUGCUCUUUGUGAGGCUCACGCAGAAAAGGCUGCAAAGCACAAGGAAAAGCGGGAAAGCAAGCGGCUCAACAAGCAGCUUGCAAAAGAACGUCAUGCUAGCCAGCAUGGCAAAAUUUCGCAGAACAGAACCACGCCUACGGCGGCGGCUGCUGCGGAUACUGGGCUACCGCUUGAGACUGAUCAGCCAGGCGCAGAGCCAGCAACAGUGUAG